UUACUUCCACUAUUUACUUUCCACAGUGGGAAAGACAUUCGCAGAAGCAAUUAAAGUUGGGGAAAUGGUUGAAAAUGGCAUCAAGUCCGGCAAAAUUGUGAGUCAGGUAGCACUCAAGGCUACCACCCAAGCAAUUCAAAAUGGGUCUGGUGGUUUUGGAAAUCGAAAAAAGAAAGAGGAAGGAUCCAUGAUGGCAUCAGGGUCCAGUGCUGCUCAAAGGGGGACAAACCACCAAAUCUUACGAGGACAAUCCAACUCACCUCAACAUUUUUAUCCGCAUCAGGAUCCCCACUACUCAAUUGCUCCACCCCAAUAUACGGUUUUCAAUACCCAGGCAUAUGCCCGACCUCCUCAACGCCAACAAUGGAGGGCGCCUGCUCCACAAGGCUUUCGUCCCCAACAACAAAAUUUUCAAGCACCUUAUAAUCCACGUCCUAAGACUGAUUAUGUAAGAGAACAAAGACAGAGGGAAAAUUUCACCCCAAUUGGAGAAUCAUACACAAGCCUGUUGAGGAAAUUGAUACAAUUGGGUUUGAUUGAACCUAUCACGUCGUAUAAUGUCAACCCAAAUGCAAGAGGUUUUGACCCCACUGUCAAGUGCGAGUAUCAUUCUAACGCUCAGGGUCAUAGCACAGAAAAUUGUUUUACUUUGAAGAGAGCCAUUGAGAAGCUAAUUGAUGAGAAAGCAAUUGUAAUACAUGACGAAGAGGCUCCGAAUGUCACCAACAACCCACUUCCUGCUCACAACAAUGCUCAUGUUGUUGGGAUGAUCUGUGACGAUAAGGAAUACAAGCAAACAGGCAAAACAAUAAUGGAAAUUGACACCUUAAAAGAAGGGUUGGGUAUGGUGACAAAGUCUGCACAAGAAGCACCGUUGUGUGUAAAAGGUGAAAGUUCUAAUGCGAAUCUCAAAGGCUCGGGGAAGUUGAUAUUGUAUGUUCCUGGAGCCACAAAGAAAAAAGAGACAUUAGUAAUUGGACCAAAAUUAUAUGUUCCUAGUGGUUUUCCCAGGUUUAGUCAAAACCAAAAUGGUUUAGGAAAGAUGACAAAACCAAUUGUGAUAAAGCACACGACACAAAUUCCAGUGACAAACAUGAAAACUGUCCCAUGGAACUACAACAAAACCACUGUGACUUACAAGGGCAAGGAGAUUGUUGAAGAAAUAGAUGAAACCGGUGGCUUAACGCGUUCUGGAAGGUGUUAUGCUCCAGAAGAAUUAAGGAGAGCCAAACAAGCCAGGGAUAGCCAAUUUCCGGUGAAAAAACCUAUCACUGAAGAAGAAGCUGAAGAGUUCAUGAAGAAGAUGAAAGUUCAGGAUUACUCUAUUGUUGAUCAGUUGAGAAAAACUGCUCAGAUUUCAUUGCUAUCUUUGCUCAUACAUUCUAAAGAGCACUGUCAAGCAUUGAUUAGAAUUCUGAAUGAGGCACAUGUUUCGGACAAAACAACUGUAAGUCACCUGGAAAAGAUGGCCAAUAGAAUAUUUGAGGUGAAUAGAAUCACUUUCACCGAUGAGGAGUUGCCUGUGGAAGACACCAUUGGUGAGAUUGAUCUUACUUUAAAAAUUGGACCUGUUGAUUUUGGGAUCACAUUCCAAGUUAUAGACAUGGACACUUCCUACAACUUGCUUUUAGGAAGGCCAUGGAUCCGCAUCCGAGCGGUGCCAUCUACUUUACACCAAGUGGUCAAGUUUGAAUAUGAGAAACAAGAAAUUAUUGUUCAUGGUGAAGAUGAUCUUUCAAUAUAUAGAGACCCUUCUGUCCCAUAUGUCGAGGCCAAGGAAGGUUGUGAAUCCCUCGUAUUUCAGACCUUUGAAAUAGUGGCAGCCGAUCAGUUUAUGGAAGGGAAGCCUAUCUUAGAGCCUCGUCUAUCCUCUACUUCAAUCAUGGUGGCUACACAAAUGCUGCAAAAUGGUUAUGAGCCAGGAAAGGGUUUGGGGGUGUCAUUGCAAGGAAUUGUUGACCCUAUCUCUCCAUUUGGUAAUCAAGAUACUUUUGGUUUGGGUUUUAGGCCAACUAAUGCUGACAGAAAAUGGGCAAAAGAGCAGAAAAAUAAGGUUUGGAAAUUGCCAAAGCCCGUUCCCCACAUUGCCAAGUCCUUUACUAGGUCACGUUUUGAAGAGAGUAAAGACGUGUCUGUCCAAGAUGACGUGGCCGAAAUAUGUCAAGGUCUCAAAGAAAUGUUCUAUGGAGUAAACAUGGUUCAGAUUGGUGAAGGCACUAGUCAUGCAGAUGUGCAACGUAUUGGCCCAGAAGUCAAGCUCGCCAACUGGGAAGCUACUCCUCUCCCCACAAAGAAGGAGUCUUGUUUCGUUAACGCCAGCUUUAAUAACAUGACAUGCAUGCGGAAUUCACGUCCAGAUCUUAAAGAGUUGUCUAAUCUUGAAAUAAUGAAUCAAGAGGUUGAUGAAUAUGAUGAAGAAGAGGCUUUUGAAGAAAUAAAGAAUGACAUAAUCCAGGUUUUGUUUGAAUAUAAAGAUGUGUUUGCUUGGUCUUAUGAUGACAUGCCGGGUUUGAGCGUUGAUCUGGUAGUGCACAAACUUCCUACAUACCCUGAUUUUCCACCAGUCCAACAAAAGCAGAGAAAAUUUAAGAAAGAGGUGAGUGAUAAGAUUAAAGAGGAAAUCAUGAAGCAAUUGAGUGCAAAUGUGAUCAGGGUCGUUCGAUUUACUACAUGGCUGGCAAAUGUUGUUCUACCAAAGAAGGAUGGGAAAACCAGAGUUUGUCUUGACUAUAGAGAUUUGAACAAAGCAAGUCCCAAGGACAACUUUCUGCCCAACAUUCACAUUCUUGUUGACAAUUGUGCCAAACACGAGAUUCAAUCUUUUGUGGAUUGUUAUGCCGGGUAUCACCAAAUUUUGAUGGAUGAAGAGGAUGCAGAAAAGACCGCCUUCACCACCCCAUGGGGUACUUACUGUUAUAGGGUCAUGCCAUUUGGUUUGAAGAACGCAGCAACUUACAUGAGAGCUAUGACUACUAUCUUGCAUGACAUGAUGCAUAAAGAAAUUGAAGUAUACGUCGAUGAUGUGAUCAUUAAGUCCAAAACUCAAGCUGACCAUGUGCGUGAUCUGAGAAAGUUCUUUGAAAGAUUGCGGAAGUACAACCUCAAGCUCAAUCCAGCCAAGUGUGCAUUUGGAGUUCCAUCUGGGAAACUUCUAGGGUUUAUAGUUAGUCGGCGAGGAAUUGAAUUAGACCCCUCCAAGAUAAAGGCCAUUCGGGAAUUACCGCCACCAAAGAACAGAACUGAAGUCAUGAGUCUUCUUGGUAGGUUGAACUACAUCAGUAGGUUCAUCGCUCAGCUCACCACUACAUGUGAGCCCAUAUUCAAGCUGUUGAAGAAGGAUGCCGCUGUUAAGUGGACAAACGAGUGUCAAGAGGCUUUUGAUAAAAUUAAGGAAUAUUUAUCUAACCCUCCAGUGCUUGUCCCGCCAGAACCGGGUAGGCCUUUGUUUUUGUAUCUAUCAGUGAUGGAUAAUUCCUUUGGUUGCGUUCUAGGACAACAUGAUGCCACAGGAAAGAAGGAACAAGCGAUCUAUUAUUUGAGCAAGAAGUUCACAAGCUAUGAGGUAAAAUACACAUUUUUAGAAAGAACGUGUUGUGCUUUGACUUGGGUCGGUAAACUGAAGCACUAUCUUUCAUCCUAUACGACUCACCUUAUAUCUCGAAUGGAUCCUUUGAAGUAUAUCUUUCAAAAACCUAUGCCGAGUGGAAGGUUAGCAAAGUGGCAGAUUUUACUUACGGAGUUCGACAUUGUCUAUGUCACCCGCACCGCUAUAAAAGCACAAGCAUUGGCCGAUCAUUUGGCAGAAAACCCAGUUGACGAUGAGUAUGAGCCUUUGAAUACUUACUUUCCUGACGAAGAGAUUAAUUCAGUUGAGGAAGAAGUUCGCGAUGACAGUCACGUCUGGAAAUUAUACUUUGAUGGAGCGGUCAACAUUAAAGGUGUCGGGAUUGGGGCAAUUCUUAUUUCACCAAUGGGGCAUCAUUAUCCCGCCACGGCACGACUUCGUUUCUUCUGUACCAAUAAUACAGCGGAAUAUGAAGCUUGUAUAAUGGGUUUAAACAUGGCAAUACAUCUGGAUGCACAUGAAUUAAUAGUUUUUGGAGAUUCUGACUUACUCAUUCGGCAGGCUCAGGGUGAAUGGGAAACUCGAGACAUCAAGCUCAUUCCGUACAAACAAUGUUUGGAGGACCUUAGCAAAAGGUUUAAGUCAAUUGAGUUCAGAUAUAUUCCCAGAUUUCACAAUGAGUUGGCUGAUGCUUUGGCCACUUUAGCCUCAAUGCUUCCAUACCCAGGCAAUGCUUACAUUAAUCCGUUGGAGAUUCAGAUUAAGGAUCAACAUGGUUAUUGCAAUACAAUUGAAGUAGAGCCAGAUGGUGAGCCAUGGUAUCACGAUAUCAAAAGAUUCCUAAAAACACAACAAUAUCCAAUACAUGCCGAUGGAGAUCAAAAAAGAACUAUUAGGCGACUUUCCAAUGGUUUCUUUCUGAGUGGGGAGAUCUUAUACAAAAGGACCCCGGAUUUGAAUUUGUUGAGAUGUGUGAAUACCCAAGAAGCUGAAAUGAUCAUGAAUGAAGUGCACUCCGGAGUAUGUGGCCCGCACAUGAACGGUUAUGUUCUAGCAAAGAAGAUUCUUCGAGCAGGAUACUAUUGGCUUACCAUGGAGCGAGAUUGUUUUCGCUUUGUUCGCAAGUGUCAUCAAUGUCAAAUUCACAGUGACCAAAUUCAUUCUUCCCCUUCGGAGUUGCAUCCUAUGUCUGCUCCUUGGCCUUUCGUAGCUUGGGGGAUAGAUGUUAUUGGGCCAAUUGAGCCAAAAGCUUCUAAUGGGCAUAGAUUCAUUCUAGUUGCCAUUGACUACUUCACCAAAUGGGUAGAAGCUGUUACGUUCAAAUCAGUCACCAAGAAAGCGGUGGUAGACUUUGUUCACUCUAACAUCAUAUGUCGUUUUGGUAUACCAAAGACCAUUAUCACGGACAAUGCAGCCAAUCUUAAUAGUCAUCUCAUGAAGGAGGUAUGUGAGCAAUUUAAAAUUGUGCAUCACAACUCUACCCCUUAUCGACCCAAAGCCAAUGGAGCUGUUGAAGCUGCAAACAAAAACAUCAAGAAGAUCCUCAGGAAGAUGGUACAAGGAUCCAGGCAAUGGCAAGAGAAAUUGCCUUUUGCUCUUUUAGGAUACCGCACGACUAUCCGCACGUCUGUUGGCGCAACUCCUUACUUAUUGGUUUAUGGAACUGAGGCGGUCAUACCAGCAGAAGUAGAGAUCCCCUCUCUUCGAAUCAUUGUUGAAGCAGAGAUUGAUGACACUGAAUGGGUCAAGUCUAGACUAGAACAAUUAUCGUUAAUCGAUGAAAAGCGGUUGACGGCGGUUUGCUUUGGCCAGUUAUACCAGCAAAGGAUGGCUCGCACUUACAACAAAAAGGUGCGUCCAAGACAUUUUGAGGUGGGCCAACUUGUUAUGAAACGCAUCCUUCCGCACCAAGAAGAAGCGAGGGGAAAAUUCGCCCCAAAUUGGCAGGGCCCUUAUGUUAUCAAACAGGUGUUGUCAAAGGGAGCUUUGCAGUUGUCCGAUAUAGAAGGAAAGGUGGCUGACAUAGCCAUUAACAGACUCAGUCAAAAGAUAUUAUGUUUGAUAUGUUUUCACUUCGACGCGAUGGUACUUGGCAUUUUUAGUUUGGGAUGACGAAAGGUUAUCGUUCUCACUAUCCAAACACCGGUCACCCUUUUUCUAGCCAUUUUGAGCUUUUAUUCACAUUUUCUUUGUUUUCCCCUCUUUGGAACUAAUGUAGCGCAAAAAAAAAAAAAAAAAAAAAAAAAAAAAAAAAAAAAAAAAAAAAAAUCAAAUGUGUUCAUUGAACUACGUUCGACCUGAUUCCUAAAAGGAUACGUAGGCAGCCCUAUUUCGGGGUUCGGUCCCACCAUUCAAAAGAAAAAAAAAUCAUAUUUCCCCAGUAUUCAAAGAAACUGGGACAUUUUUUUUAAUUUUUAUUUCAUAAAAAGGUUCCAAAGUUGUAAUUCAAUCUAUGAUUCUUUUUGCCUUUCCCCUUUAAGACCUUCUAAUCGAUCUUUGAGAAUGCCAAAUCAGCGUGCCACGACUUUGGUACUGUACGCAACGCUUUAUUUGAAUGCAAAGGAGAAAAUAAAACUGAGAGAGUCUUACUAGUGAAAACCCUUAUGGGCACUAUAAGGCGAUAAUGAGUUCAAAAAAAAAAAAAAAAAAAAAAAAAAAAAAAAAAAAAAAAGAGAGUCUUAUCGGUGAAAACCCUCAAGGGCACUAUAAGAUGAUUGUAAGUUGAGAAAGGUCAGUUGGUGAAGACCCGCAAAGGGAACCAUUGAUCGAAUGAGUUUCUUCUAUUCCGGCAUGAACACGAUCAAGGUAGAAAGCUCGGUUUUGGAUUGAAGGGUAUUAUAUUUUGAGAUUUAGACGGCUCAGAUGGAUCAAGCGUCCAGUCCAAAAUGCAUGUCAUGAUUCAUUGAAGUCGGCAUAUACCUCCAGAUAA